CAUGGCGUCGUCGGCUCGUCCACGGCCGACGGGCUGCUCGCCCACACGCUGGGGCUGGGCAAGGGCUCCAUCUGCAUGGACGGCCGCCGGGCCAACAAGCCCCUCAUGGAGAAGCGGCGGCGCGCGAGGAUCAACCAGUCGCUGGCCGUGCUCAAGACCCUCAUCCUGGACUCGGCGAAGCUGGAGCAAAACACGAAGCACUCCAAGCUGGAGAAGGCCGACAUCCUGGAGCUGACGGUGCGCCACCUGCAGCGACAGAAGACGCUCAACUCGUCCGAGGUGGACAAGUACCGCGCCGGCUUCCAGGAAUGCGCUCGAGAGGUGACGCGGUUCCUGGACACCCCGGAGCUGCUGCUGGGCCCGGCCGCGCUGUCGCUGACGGGCUCGCAGUCGCCGCCCUCCGCGUCCUCCACGUCGGGCCUGAUCGACCCCGGCGCCCGGAAGCGCCUGCUGCGCCACCUGGAGGCGUGCGCCGCCGAGCUGGACCUCGACUUCGGGCACGCGGCGGCCAAGAUGGCGGCGCAGGGCGGCCCGGGCAGCAGCCAGAUGGCCGCGCACCUGGCCGCCAUCACGGCCUCCAUGGCCGCCGCCGCCGCAGGGCUGCCGCCCAACGCCAUGCCACCCGCCGUGACCGCCGCCGUCACCCUGGGCCCCGGGCAGGCCGGCCCCAACAACCCCCUGCUGUCCAUCGUGCAGGUGGUGCCCUCCCGGCUGCCGGACGGCCAGGUGGUGUUCCUGCUCCCCAGCCACUACGUGCAGCUGGCUGCGGCGGCGGCGGCGGGCGGGCAGGCCCCCUUCCUGGACGCGGACAUCGGGGCCAAGGCGCAGGACGCGGCGGUCAUCUCCGCGGGGUCCGAGGCCGGCCAGGUGAGGGACACGGUCGUCAAGGAGCCGAUGCGCGAGCCGGCGCGCGAGGGCGGCAGCGACACCAGCAAGGACACCAGCCCGGCCGCCGUCAAGGCAGAGCCGCCGCCGUCGCCGCCACCCGUCCACCGCGGCAAGCUGCGGCACCACCGCAAGGCCUCCGUGCAGCACGAGCCAGAAGACCUCGUCGUGGCCAAGGCCCCCACCACCCCGCCAGCCACCAACGGCGUGGACGUCAAGGUCGAGAUCAAAGAGGAGAUCAAGGAGGAGGAGGAGGCCCGGUCCCUGCCCGACGCGCCACUCGACUUCACGACUGGCGAGCGCAAGCUGCGCGACGACGACCCGCGGCCUCGGCCCGUCAAGCGGGAGGCGCCGGAGGACACGGCCGUGGACGCGCGCAUCAAGAUGCCGAGGCCGUGGACUCGGCCGGAGGGCUCUGCGGACGGCGAGGGCGAGGGCCACCCCGUCUACGACGACGACGGGAACGUCUGGCGGCCCUGGUGACGCCCUGGCGCUGGCCUCGGCCUAGGCUGGGACCGCGCCACCCUCAAUUCGGCCUCGGCCACGGCCUCCGCCACGCCCGCCACGAAGCGCGGCAAAGCCUCGGACAAGCGUCGCCGGUCCGGAAGCCGCGACAAGUAAUCAGCCCAGGCGGGAGAUUCCAUCUGCCAGUCGCCCAGCCGACGCCCAGCCCACUGCCCGCGUACGGAGGCUGGCGCGAGUGUGUGUGCGUGUGAGUGUGUGUGAGAUGCGCAAACGUGCGGGUGUUUGAGUUCGAUGCUCGACUGCUUCACUGCCGACCUGACGCGUUCGGAUCUCGGUGCUUCGAAAAAUACUGUAAGGGAUUUCAGCUCAGUUGUUUCGGGUGUGGAGGCCCGCGACUUUGAAUUAGACCUCGUUACUUAACCGCUUUUCUUUUCUUUGUUCCUUUUUUUUGUCGUUUUGUUUGCAUUGCGUAACGUCGCGACGCCUGCGCAACGCUUGGGCGCGCACUUCCAGCGUAAGUGCUGGUUUGUCCCUUUUCAGUUUCCACGGAGUUUCAUUCCUAACUUUAAAAAUCUAAGUCAGUCCUUAGUCAAGACCUCGCGGCUCAAAGCUCGGUGUUUUAACUUGUUUAUGUUCUUCUUUUCUUAUUGUAUUCAGUGCCUUACUUUGACUACCGAGCGUUCCCCGAUUCGUACCUGAGCAACACGUAAAUGGUCAUCGCACAGAACGUGAGCCCCUCCGGCCCUCCGCAGAGAAAUGUAGAUGUAGAUUGAAAGAGUCAAGUACAAAGAGUACUGUUGUUAGAUAAGGAACCUCUUCGAUAGGCCUAUUUAGAAAAAUACUUGCAUGAAGCUCCAUACUUGUAGAUGAUGAUCGGACACCGAACAUGUGUUGUGCAGAACCUACUUAACAACUUACUUAAACACUCGUUCCUUGUUCCUUCUGUUCUCUUAAGUGCCUCUCGCUCGAUGUACUGCAUAGUCUAUGCUUUUGAUUUCAAAUCGUCUUCCUUCGUCGACAGCAAGGUCCUGUUUGACAACCUUUGUGUGAAUCUGUUUUGAGAAAAUCUAUUGUAAAAAUGAUUUUAUUGUACCAAACGGCCUCGUACGCCACUAAGCAUAAUUCCAUUAUCUAGUCAAAUAUGUAAGAGAAUGUAUUAUGGCUCCAUUUUAAAGCCGGACAAAUGGCUUGAUGCAGUCACAAGCAUAUUAUUAUACUUAUCUAAGUCAACAACUUCUUAAAUAGCAAAGGUACACUCUAAUCUAUGAAAUGUCUUGCCCUCUUGACAAUCUAUGAGGUCUCGAAAUAAUUUUUUCGAAUAAGGACCGAUUUUAAUCGAUUAAGGUAACACACUCUAAGUAAAAUACCCACUUGUUUAAACUAUCGGUUUUGUUCCUCUUUCGAAAAAAAAAAUACGCUUCAGUUAUCUGUGGGCAUGCCUUAUCUCUGUCUAAGACUAAGAAACCAGUUUGCCAUCGAAUAAACAUUGUUAUUUCGAAUAAGCUACGAUUUAAAAUAAAAGGCCUACUUGAAACGAAAGCUUCAAAAUGUUAUUAUGUUAUUGGUUUGUAUUAUAGUUAUUGACUUCCUCUCAAUCUGCGCAGUCUUUGUUGUGUUAUGUACAAUUAAUUACUAUUAUUAUUACUAUUAUUAUUACCAUUGUCAUUGUUAACUAUUGUUAAUGUUUUUGAAUAUUAUGUGAUAAAUAUUUACUGUUACUUCUUUAGGGUGGGUGCGCUUUAAGGAUCUUGUAUACAAUGGACUGUGUAAAUUCUAGAUCUCAGAAUGACUUAUGUUGUAAGCCUUGGACAAGGGUGGUUCUUGUUUCCUGAGAGAUCUCUUGCGGUAUCAAAAGACUUCGGAAACUGCAGGAGAUGGCUUUGGCAAACUAGCGUAUAUCUGACUAUUGUUUUGUAGUUCCACAAUAAAUCUUUUUUUGAACGGCUA